CAGAUUCGGCCUUCUAGAUUCAUCAUUUUCUGUAUUCUUUAUUUAUUAUUUAUUUAUAUAGAGAGAGAGAGUCCGCGCUCUCGGAAAAAUCAAUCCUCGUGGUUUCUCUCGGGCGAAAAGGGUUUUGUUUUGAUCGGUUUUUUCUUUUUACCUAUUCUUCGUUUUCAGAACGCUUGCCCUUGCCCUUGCCGUCGCCGUCGCCGGAGGCUUUUCCGGGAUCUGUUGAAGCUAGGUGGUCGCCAUGGCCGAGCAUCACGAGCACGAGCACGAGCACGAGGAGCCCAAAGGGGAGUCCUUCGUUGACAAGAUCACUGAGAAGAUUCACGCCCACGAUUCGUCUUCUUCGGAUUCGGAGGAUGAGAAGGGGCAUACUUCCGCCGCUAUCAAAUCCAAGAUUUACCGCCUCUUCGGCAGGGAAAAGCCCGUCCACAAGGUCUUCGGUGGGGGAAAACCGGCUGAUAUCUUCCUGUGGAGAAACAAAAAGGUAUCCGGAGGAGUCCUUGGAGGAGCAACAGUCGCAUGGAUUUUAUUUGAGUUGCUCGAGUAUCACUUUCUGACUUUGAUUUGCCACAUUUUGAUGGCUGCUCUAGCAGUAGUGUUUUUGUGGUCCAAUGCUUCUUUCUUCAUCAACAAGUCUCUGCCACAUAUUCCUCAAGUUCACAUUCCGGAGGAGCCAGUUAGAGAGAUUGCUGCUGCUUUGAGAGUUGAGAUUAACAGGGCUGUUGCUGUCUUGCGAGAAAUUGCAUCAGGAAGGGAUCUGAAGAAGUUUCUAUAUGCGAUUGCUGGUUUGUGGGUUCUCUCUAUUGUUGGAAGCUGGUUCAAUUUCCUAACCUUAUUAUAUAUAGGAUUUGUUUUGCUCUUCACCUUGCCCGUCUUCUACGAGAAAUACGAUGAUCAGGUGGAUGCAUUUGCAGAGAAAGCAAUUGCAGAGAUCAAAAAGCAGUAUGUAGUGUUUGAUGAGAAGGUGCUUUCUAAAAUCCCAAGAGGACCACUGAAGGACAAAAAGAUUGCUUGAGAGAUGCCCGACUCUUGUGGUAGCAUUCCUGUUUUUGUCAAAAUAUGCAUUUUGUAGGCUUUUUGUCAUAUUGACGUUCUGAAGUUUCAUCCAUGAACGAAUCUUUUUUUUCUUUUUUUUUCUUCUGUUCUCAGUGGGUUGGCAAUGUGGAUUAAUAUGUGGACUGCUGAUAAUACACAUGAUUUUGCUACAUGUUAUGGGCUCUCCUUUACAUGUUAAGCCUUAGUGAAGGACAAAUAUUAGACAUGUUAUGUUCAAUUGAUAGGUUUCAUCAUGUAUAAAUUGAGCGUUCCCAUUUUCGGUU